AUGUCGCCAAAACAGAAACUAUAUAGCGAUAAUGGAAAUGGCAAUGGCAAUGGUAAUGGUAAUAAUAAAAGUAAUGGUAAUUGCAAUAGUAAUGGUAACGGUAAUUGUAAUAGUAAUGGUAAUGGUAGUAGUCAUAAUAUUGGUAAUGGUAAUUUAUAUGGUAAUUGUAAUGGUAACAGUAGUAGUAGUGGUAAUAGUCAUAGCAAUGGUAAUUGUAAUGCCAAUGGUAAUGGAACUGAUAAUUGCAAUGGCAAUAAUGACGGUAUUGGUAUUGGUAAUGUUAUGUUGACACUCAUAUUCAUACCCAUACGCUUACUAAUACGCAUACUCACGCAUAUACUCAUACUCAUAUUCAUGCUCACAUUCACAAUCAAUCCCACUACAGUUACUAAUUCGGAUACUAAGCCGCAUACUCAUAUUCAUACCCAUACUCAUACUUAUAUUCAUGCUCACAUUCACAAUCAAUCCCACUACACUUACUAA